UCAAACGAAAAGUUGUAACAAUGAAAGGGCAUAAGUGCAAUCAACAAUGAAAUUCGCCAUAAUUUGACUGUUCCGCACCAUAGCAUUUUUGACCAUCUCGCGUUCCUGCUUCCGCCGGAAGUUCCAGGGGUUGAAUUGUAUUUGCACGAUCAAUUUGAUCAUCGAUCGUUGAGUUUUUUAUAGAAGAAAGAUGUGGGCAGCUUCAUGCCUAGCAUCAUGUUGCGCGGGCUGCGCUUGCGACGCGUGCCGCACUGUUGUGUCGGGGAUCAGUAGGCGCUCGGCUCGGAUUGCCUAUUGUGGCCUUUUUGCGCUUUCUCUGGUAGUUUCCUGGAUUCUUCGAGAGGUUGCUGCACCCCUCAUGGAGAAGAUUCCAUGGAUUAAUCAUUUUCACCAGACGCCGGACAGAGAGUGGUUUGAAACAGAUGCAGUACUGCGAGUUAGUUUGGGAAACUUCCUGUUUUUCACUAUCCUUGCCAUUUUUAUGAUUGGUGUGAAGAACCAGAAGGAUUCUCGUGACAGUUUGCAUCAUGGGGGUUGGAUGAUGAAAAUUAUUUGCUGGUGCAUUUUGGUAAUACUGAUGUUCUUUCUUCCCAAUGGAAUCAUCAGCUUCUAUGAGGCAACAUCAAAGUUUGGCUCAGGAUUAUUCCUUCUUGUUCAAGUUGUCCUUCUGCUGGAUUUUAUUCAUGGAUGGAAUGAGAAAUGGGUUGGAUAUGAUGAGCAGUUCUGGUAUAUCGCUUUGCUUGUGGUUUCACUAAUCUGCUAUGUGGCAACCUUUUCAUUCUCUGGCCUGCUCUUUUAUCUUUUUGCCCCAUCUGGACACGAUUGUGGACUUAACACAUUUUUCAUCGUGAUGACCUUGAUUUUGGUGUUUGUGUUUGCUAUCAUCACAUUGCAUCCAUCGGUAAGUGGAAGCAUUUUGCCAUCUUCAGUUAUAUCUUUGUACUGCAUGUACCUCUGCUAUAGUGGGCUUGCCAGUGAACCUAGGGACUACGAAUGCAAUGGCCUUCACAGACAUUCUAAAGCAGUUUCAACCAGCAGUCUUGCUAUUGGGCUGCUUACAACUGUGCUAUCUGUUGUUUAUUCUGCUGUCCGCGCUGGAUCUUCUACAACUUUGCUUUCCCCUCCAAGCUCUCCUCGAGCAGGUUCUGGAAAACCUUUGCUUCCAUUGGACAAGGCAGAUGAGGAACAUGAGGAAAAAGAAAAGUCAAAGCCAGUUACAUAUUCUUAUUCCUUCUUCCACUUAAUAUUCUCCCUAGCUAGCAUGUAUUCGGCCAUGCUUCUUACAGGUUGGUCAACAUCAGUUGGAGAGAGUGGGAAGUUGGUGGAUGUAGGUUGGCCAUCAGUCUGGGUUCGUAUUGUAACCGGUUGGGCCACUGCUGCCUUGUUUAUCUGGUCUCUGGUUGCACCAAUCAUCUUUCCUGACAGGGAAUUCUGACCAUCCAAAGUAACCCACACACUGCAUACAUCUGUGUAGAUUUUCAUGUACUCUGAAGUACUUCAAUGUACGAAUUUGUCGAACUUUUAUGUUGCUGGAAUCUUCCAGCAAAAUGGGAUGUCAAAUUGCUUAUCCUCUAUUGCUUGUAAAUAAUCUGCCAGUUUGAUUAGUUAAAUAAACUGUAUUUCGGUAAGAGCCCAAACUUCUUCCCUGUAGAUCAGAAAAGUUCUAUGCCACUGCCAUCUUUUUAUCUC